ACCUUGUCCUGUUAUGUGGUUUGGUGCAGACUGAUAAAUAGGAUUUUAAGUUGAGGAGAACUCUGCAGACGAGAGAAACGCAAGGUUGCUGCCACAAGUUCGAAAUUCCUAAAAGGGUAGCUUCAACAUCGAAGAAACCAGGUGACUCCUUUCAAUUUCAUGGCGAUCCUCAUAUCUUGUGUUACUUCCAAAGCCUUGGCGCUACACACAUCAGAGGAUUUUCGGCAACAGCGGAGCACUGGUAUAUCUGUAUCAUCUGUUCGCCGGCCAAUCCAUAUCGGCUUAACCACGAAGCCUCGGGGUAUCAGCCUGCCGAUAAGAAGAGCAACACAAAUCCCAGCGGUCGGUGGAGACCCCGGAGAACUGCAGGUGCUAGGAGCCAAUCUCCCAACACCCGACUUUUCUUCAUGGGUCACGUGGCUUGUUGGUGCCUUCUUCCUUGCAGCGCCUGCUUACUGGCGAUUCAGAGCACUGGAAGAUAAGGCGGAGCAAACAGCAGAGGCGACAAUCGAGAUGGUCGAGAAGGUGGCGGAGGCGGCGGAGAGAAUCGCCGACGACGUCUCUGAAGCGUUUCCCGGUAAUGAAAGACUCAAGAAGGCAGCAUCCAGUGUCAAAGCCGUGGCAGAUGAGAUCGAAAAGGAUGUGGACAAAGCCGAGGCACUACUCCAUAAGAUAGAUGCGAUAGAGGAAGAGGUGGAUUCCGUAGUGGAGUCUUUUACGAAGAAAGGGUCAGGAAAGAAUAAGUAGCAGGUGUAUAUGGAGAGUAGCAAUUCGGUGCCCAGGCUCAUCAGCACCUUCGAUGAUUUUUUUAAAACAAAUACUAGAAAAAAGUUAAUAAAUUCCAAUUUUCUUUGCAUGGUAGAUAAUUUGGUGUGUGAGGUGCGUUCCAAAUUUCUGAUCAUUUGGACAUCUAAGUAGCUCUCGGCAAAAAAGAAAAAUUUGGGGUCUUUAAAAAAGUUUACUAUUCAUGUAUUGUUGUGGCCCAAUUUGUCUUUUUUAUGGUUGGUUGACGGUCAUUCAUAUUGUUGUAUGUUGGAAAUAUG